UAAACCGUUGUGACGUAAUGUUUUCCUUUGCCUAUGUGUAAGCAGACUCCUUGAACAGUAUUUGGUAUUGUCAAUAUUUUUUGUUGAAUUGUGUGUUCAGCUUCUGUUUUUGUUACGUAAGAACAAAGAAGUUGUUUGUUAUCCAUGGAAUUUGGUAGUAAAUCUUUGCAAGUUUAUUCCUGCUCUUCAUGCUGAUGCAAAGGCUUGAAGAAAGCGGAGAUCUGUCCACAAGACAACGUGGGUGUUUUUUUUCGUGCCCGUAAUAUCUUAAUUGAAAUACCUUUUGGUGUUGUUUGAAAAAUCGAAUCGCCAACAUACGAAUCUUUGUGCUUUUUGCACACACACACACGCACAGUCAAUUGGCAUGUUUUAUUUUAGUGGCUUGUAGGUUUUUUUUUUUUCCCGUAUGGUUUUUAAAUAGUUUAAAAGAACACAUGAAGGUGAGGGAUAUUUUUGAAAGCAAGUAACCAAAUUCGUUUGUGCUCCUUUUUGGGGUAAUUCGGAGACAAAUCAGUCGAUCGCAAGGGGAGUAAUUAUGAGUUGCGGGCCCUCCACGUCGAAAUGGGUAUGUGAUUACUGCACGUACGCCAACUGGCCAUCGGCAGUGAAAUGCACGAUGUGUCGCGGCGCGCGGCCGCUGCAGGAGAUAUACCGGCUGCGGGACGAGCCCUCGACGGGCCCCGCGCUCGCGUCGGGGCCCUCGGAGGGAGGCGGGGCCCCCCCGCGCUCGCCGCCCGGCGACGGCAAGUGGGGGUGCCGCGAGUGCACCUACCUCAACUGGCCGCGAGCCCUCAAGUGCCUGCAGUGCUGCUCCCCGCGGCCGGCCAGCUCGUCCAGCCUGCACGAGCACCUGCGACCGCUGCGCAUCGAGCAGUCGAGCGAGUGCUCGCUCGCCGCCGGGGGGCUGGUCUCCGCCGCCCCGCCCGCCGCCGACAAGAAGGAGCUCAAGGAGGCGGAGAACGACCUGAGGGGCCGAGUGAGGCAGCAGCAGCAGCCACCGUCCCAGCAGGGGGCCAAGUGGCUGUGCCCCGUGUGCACGUACGAGAACUGGCCCAAGGCGGGCAAGUGCGUGAUGUGCUGCAAGGCGCGCAGCCCCGGGGGAAGCGCCGUGUCCUCGCCGGAGCGAGAGCCCUCGGCGGCCGGCCGCGACGACCCCCCGCCGGAGGACAAGAGGACCAUCGUCCGGCGCGACAGGAACCACCAGACGGCUGCCGAGUCGGCGGCCAACAACUGGGACCACGAGCGGCGGCGCAAGCAGGCGCGGCGCAAGCUGCGCAAGACGGACUGGCAGUGGCUGAACGCGUGCGCGGGCGUGGUGGACGGCGACCCGAACCCUGUGGAGGCGUACCUGUCGUCGGGGGGUGACCCCGCCAGGCAGCUGUCCCCCGGCGAGGUGGCCCUGCUCAGCCGGCCGUCCGCCUUCGACACGGGCUACACGCUCGUGCACCUCGCCAUCAGGUUCCACCGGGAGGACAUGCUGGCGACGCUGCUGUCCCAGAUCGAGGGCUCCGGCUCGGGGGUGAAGCGGGUGCCCUCUUACGUCGCGCCGGAUCUGGCCGCCGACAUCCGGCGACACGUCGCCGCCACCAUGCGCGUGCGCAAGGGCUCCUUCCUCUGCCACUUCGUCACCGAGAUCACCACCUUCGCCCUGCCGGCCGAGGUGGAGGACCUGCCGGGCGCCGUGCAGGAGCAGCUGUUCGACGAGCUGCUGGACCGCGACGCCCAGCAGCAGCUCGAGUCGGAGCCGCCCGUCAUCAACUGGUCGCUGGAGGUGACGGCGCGCCUCGGCUCCCGCCUCUUCCCGCUGUGGAACCGCUCGUCGGGCGACUGCCUGCUCGACUCGGCCAUGCAGGCCACCUGGGGCGUGUUCGACCGCGACAACACCCUGCGGCGCGCCCUCGCCGACAGCCUGCACCAGGGCGGCCACCUGUUCUACCCGCGCUGGAAGGAGUACGAGGCGCGCCAGGCGCGCACGCUGGACUUCAGCCUGGACGAGGGACAGUGGGAGGACGACUGGGCGGGUCUCCUGUCGCUCGCCAGCCAGCCGGGCUCCAGCCUGGACCAGCUCCACGUGUUCGUGCUGGCGCACGUCCUGCGGCGACCCAUCAUCGUGUACGGCGUCAAGUACGUCAAGAGCUUCCGCGGCGAGGCCAUCGGCUACGCCAGGUUCGAAGGGGUGUACCUGCCGCUGCUGUGGGAGCCCAGCUUCUGCGUGCGCUCGCCGCUGGCGCUGGGCUACACGCGCGGACACUUCUCGGCGCUGGUCGCCACCGAGCCUUACAGCCGGCUGGCCGGCGGCGUGGGCAACCUGGGCGCCGUCGGGCGCGACCUCCAGGUGACCUUCCUGCCGCUGGUGGACCGUGACCGCCGCCCGCUGCCCGUGCACUUCCUGCACGGCGAGGCGGAGGUGGGGCGCGAGGAGGCCGUGCUGCGCCAGUGGAUGGACGUGUGCGUGGCUGAGGGCGGCGUCACCGUGGCCCAGCAGCGCCUGCACAAGCGCCCGCUGCUCGUCGCCCAGAUGGUGGAGGAGUGGCUCAACCACUACCGGCGCCUCGCGCAGAUGACCAGCGCCCCGUUCGGCCGGCCGGCGCCCGCGCAGGACUACUCCAGCGACGGAGGGGAGACCGACGAUGAGUGACCCGCCUGGCGGCCACCAUGGAGCAUCCAUCCCCCCGCUCUUCCUCCACGAUAAAUGAUCAUUAUAUUGCUGGGUGGUGAUGAUAAUAAAUUUAAAAAAAAAAGAAACCCUUGAAUGAGCCGCACAAACUGUGGACGUAGAACUCUUCCGAGCGUCUGGGAGCCGGGGAGGGACUUUGCGAGCAGGAAGGGGCGUGUGUAUCUCUAUCUCUCUCUCUCUCUCUCUCUCUCUCUCACUCUGUGUCAAGGGUGUCCACGUUCUGGAAAUCAAGGGAAGGUCCGGGAGUUUCCUUGUUGAAACCCAGGAAAAUUUGUGGGAAAAUCCCCCCCCCCCCAGUGAUGGUAAUUCAAGCUGAUAAUGUCAGGCUUCCAGUCUCCCAUAGACACAGUUUCAGUGGGAUUUUUUUAUUUUUUUUUUUUAAAUUAGAUGGUAUUUUAGUUAAUAGUCACACACACACACACAAAGUGGUGUGUGUAAGGUUCUGUUUUAAUAUACUAAAAAAAGAAAUUAAAAAAAGUGGAGUUAGACCUAGGCUAGCUAUGGGGAUGGUGGAAACUGGAGCGUUGUUUAAUUAAAAUAUUUGCAAAACAGAUGAUUUAAAUUUUUUUAAAGAUAAGACGGGGAAAUUUGAACACACAUCUGUGGACACCCUGUCUCUCCCUCCCUAUCCACCCUCUCUUCCUUCCUCCCCCUCGCCCUCUCUCUCUCCCCCUCCAUCCCCCCUCUUUCUCGCUCCCUCUCUCCCCUCUACCCUCCCCUAUCUACCCCCUUAUCACACUCUCUCCCCUCCCCCCCUCUUCUCCUCUCUCCCCCUCCCUCCUACUCGCAUAGUUUCUCUCUGCCGACCAGUGGUUCUUCGCGCCGCCUCGAAGCGAUUAGAAUCUGGCCGCUUUCCCGGAAGGGGAAGGGGUUUAAACUUGCUCCUCUCUCGUUAACUGCAGCGCUGCCGACGUGGCACGCGCGCGCGCGGGCUGCUAUCUUGUUGACUAGUUAUUUAUUUGUUUUUAUUGAGAUUGUUGUUGAUUGUGUCGUAAUUUAUUCGUUGGUGUGUUCGAAAUGGUGCCUCCAUCGACGGGUGGGUGUCUUAACCGGAGAGGUUGGCACCUCCCGUAGCGCGUGCUAUCCCCCCCCCAGUUCUGAACGGUGUUCUCGAUACUCGACCUGACAGCCACAAGGAAUUUUUUUUUUUUUUUUUUUAAGGACACGCGGAACCUGUUCUCUUGUCGCAGUUACAUGGUCAUAACAUUGCAGAGGUAAUAUCAGCCGUAAUGUUACAGUCUCCAUAAGUCAAAGAAUUAUCGGUUUGUCCUCGAGACUGGGCGACCAGUUAGGAAAAGGGAUUGUCUGGAUCAGCCAAGGAAUUCGAAACUUGCCAGAGAAAGUACUUGGAACAGUCUAGGAUUGUAAAUGUAAUGGAUGGUAUUUUGAUUUUUUUUUUUUGUGACUUUUUUUGUUUUCCCCCUUAAUCUAAUUCGGUUGAGGACAUAAUGGCUAGUUGCUCAUCUAAAUUCACACGCACACACACAUAUAUAACUAGUCGUGUGCCUGGUGGGAAGGGAUUUGAUCCUCGUUUUUGAUGAAUUUAAAAAAAAAUGCUGAUACAGCUGGUAGUUUUUUAUUUACGAACAGAAGCCUAAACACCAAUUUCCUUAUCUAUAACUUCAAAAACGACAAACAUCCAUACAAACUUUCAUCUCCUAUUCAACCUCCACCUUUUAAAAAAAUGAUUUCUUAGUGCUAGGUAUGUAAGGAACUCCUAUGCAAAAUUUAAUGCUUCUAGACUUACCGGUUUAAGAUGUUCAUUGUCUGUCUGUCAGUGUUGGAGUUUUAUUAAGUUUGUGUGUGUGUGUGUAUAUAUAUAUCACACACAUACACACACAGUUCAUGACUUUCAGCUUGGCCAUUCACGAAUAUCAAAAUGCUAGUAGUAGAUGUAUCCAUGUGUUUAAUUGUUUUACUGUAUUUAUUUUCUCUUGAGAUUUCAGCUGAAUUUUAGCAAACAGUUUUCAGUGCCUUGGUCCUGGUAAUCAUUGCGAAGUCAUAACCAAGUUCUUGACGAUGUGUGUAUGUGUGUGUGGAGAAAAUGGGAAAUAAAGUUUUCUGCUUCACUAGGUCGUCAAUCAGCUUGCUGUGAUUCCAAGUCAUAUAUACGUGCUGCUAUUGAAUUGAGUAGUUGCGAAAAAUACAAAAUUAACUACAAAUGGUGCUUUAAAACAUUUUUAUGGACAUGUGCCAUUGCUGGUUUUCACUGUACGUCGUUGAUAGAGACGGGAUAUUAUGGUUUUUAUUUUCAGUUCAAUUUCAUUUUUAAGACAGGGGAUUUCAUUGUUAUUGUUUUUAUUUUUUAUGAACUCUUUUUAUUCAUAAAGAUAGCAGCAUUUUGAACAAAUACGAUACUUACUUGUUCUAUAAUACUUACUUUACCAAAACAGUCAUAUUUUGACCGAUUCGUGAUUCACUUUUAAUAUGUAGUAAUUUGUAAUAAACAUGUCAAACUACCGGGAACAAUAAAAUUAAGCCAGCAAGUAUAUCUGCAUUUGUAAAAUGUACCAAUCUCAAAUUGUAGAAAUUAGUUACUAAUAGUUGAAAUAUAUAAAAAAAACCUAAAAUUUUCCAAUCUUUUUAGUACAUACAUGUUGGUACCAACUCCUUGCUAAAUAAUUUACAUUCAUUGAAUUUUAUAUAUUAAAAGAUUCCUUUUUGUAGUCAGAGAUGAAGUUUGAUUAAAUAUUCUGUUUAAUUUCAUAAUUUUUAGUUGCAUUUAGGUGAUAUAUGGUUUAUUAAAUUGCAUUUUGGUGUUAUAUGAAUGAUGUAUUGAUGACAUGUUUCUUGGUGUUAUUUCGGCUUUAGCGCAAUUCACUACAUAAUCUUGUAGUGUGGUUUCUCUAUGACUUUGGUUAAAGCCAAUGAUGGCGUAUGUCCAUAAAUUUUUUUUAAAUCAACCUCCCCCAUUUUAAGAAUAUUUCAAGUUGUGUAUAUAUAAGGAUUUUGCAAAUAACAAUAUUUUUGUGUUCAAAAUUGGAUUCAAAUAAAAAUAUCAAAAUAUCAUUGAAUACUCAAAUAAUCAAAAUCUUCUACUAUGUGUGGGUCCAUGUCUUGUACAUAGUAUUCUAAGUUAAUGAUUAUAAAUACUUAAACACAAUUAUAAAACAGGUAAACUUUUGAAUUUUUAAAGGAUUUUUACUUUUGCAUUUUGUAGAAAAUACUUAUUGUUUGCUAGAAUUUUUUCAAUUUACAAAGAUGAUUACAAUUUCAGACUGUCCCCUGUAUGAAUUCUCUAAAUCAGACGAGUUAUUGGUCUUAUAAUUCUGUUUGUCUGCAUUUAUUAUGUGCAUUAACUUAUCUCUUAUCUCCCAUUUUUCUUGUCUAGCCAAAAAAAAUGAAUUCUUGUGUUAAUUUAAAAGCUAUACAGUAACUGCAAUGAAAAACAGAACUACACCGUAAUAUUUCCGGCUGGCAUAGUUCUUGUUUGAGUAGGGAACUAACGUACAGAAUUUAAAAUUAAGUGUAUCUCCUAAAAAUUCAAACAAUUUUAGGCAAGUGGUGAAUUUCUUGUCUGUGUUUGCGAAGGUAGCUGCUGGUAUUACAAUACUUAACAUUAAAACAAGAUAAUAUUUUUCUUAAAUCAUCUAAUAAUAUAUUUAAAGUAAACACAUUCAUAAGGUAAUAUUUUUUUUUUUUUUUUUUUUUUUUUUAGGAAUUCAUUAUAUAACUGAGAAAUAAAUCCUUGUUAGGUAAAUUUCUUUGAAUGGUCAUAGCGUCAUAGGUAUUAUGUAGGUACGUAAUGUCACGCUUAUAGGCCAAACUCUCUAAAGAAUCGCAGCUUGCCGGUAGGGUAAAUACUUGAAUGAGUUUUGCUGUGUGUUGAUUUAUUUUUCAAAGUUUUGUCAUUUUUACUCCAUUAAAAAUAGAUGUAGCCUAGAAGAUUUUUAAGUAAUACAACCUUGAAUCUUGAAUGUAGCAUUGAUGUCGGAUCUGAAAUCUUGACGAGUUACUGAAUGCUUUUAUGUUGCAGUAAAGUACAUUUCUAGGGCUUGCCAGAUAAAUGUGUUAGUGUUUGAAGUAUCAGUAACUGCUUGGAGCGAUCAUGAUAUGGUCAUGUAAAGCUGGGAUGCGGCACCAUUUGCCAGAAACAAUGCCACCUGUGUACAUAAUUAAAUAAAUCUAUAUCAAUUGGAAAAAAUAAAAUCUUUUUUUCUUAUAA